AUGAUCAAGACUAGAAUUCUCAUCCUGUCUGACACGCGUGGGAUGACCAUGGAUGGGAAGUUACCUCAUCAGUCUGCAGAUGUCGCCAUCCACUGCGGCGACCUCACGACAGAAUCCAAGUUGGACGAGUUUCGCGCUACUCUCCAGCUCUUACGAAAGAUCAAAGCCCCCUUAAAGCUCGUCAUCGCCGGCAACCACGACUUCACCCUUGAUGAGCCCAUCUUUCGAUCGAAAGCCGAAGAAGCCAUUGCCCACUCCGAUCGAAAGCUCAUAGUAAGGACAUAUGGAGAUUAUGGUCAAGCCAGACAGCUUUUUACAGACGCUCGGGAAAACGGAAUACACUUCCUCGAUGAAGGCAUUCACCAUAUCUCGCUCGCAAACGGAUCAAAACUGACUGUUUAUGCGAGCCCGUACACCCCCUCUCUGGGCGACUGGGAGUUUCAGUACCACCCAGACCAGGGACACCAUUUCGAUAUCCCGGAUGGCGUAGACAUCGCCAUCACGCAUGGGCCACCUCGAGGCAUCCUAGAUAGGACAGACGGCCGUGAGAGGGCAGGAUGUCCGGAUUUAUCCGCCUCUGUUGCCCGCUCGAAGCCACGCAUACACUGCUUCGGACACAUCCACGAGGGUUGGGGCGCCAAGGUGGUUGCUUGGAGAGAGAAGCUGAGCGAGAACCCUUCGCAUCUGACCGACAUAGACAACGACAAGUCUCAUGUGGUGGAGCUUCUCAGCACGCUGAAACGAGGCAGGUUCGAUGACGAUGAGACUGCCCGGGAGAAGGGAGAGAAGGCCCGGUUGUAUGCCAGGCAAAAUUAUUGUGGUGUAAGUCUGGGCCAUGAUGGCGAAGGCCAACAAACACUGUUUGUGAACGCGGCUAUUGAGGGCAGAGACAUGGAAGGUUCCCUUCAGUUACCAUGGCUGGUCGAUUUGGGUUUGAGCAAGGACCCGGGCGCCGAAGAACUAAUGUCGAAUAAUGAAAUGGACAAUUAA